AUGAACAGAUUCAGUAGAGUAAGUCGUAUGAUGGCACUCCCAUCACUCGUUUUCGUUGUGCAGAAAGCAAAACAUGAGCCCACAAAGCAGCCUCGAUCCAGCAGUAGAUCGUCGUCGUCGACGCCACAGAAAAAGAAGGAAUCAGUCUCGGAAUCUGAUUCCAGGAGCGAGAAACCUGCCGCGAAGCCCGAAAAAUCGACGUUCCGGAAAAGAGUAGAUGCCACGACGGCGAAGCCACGAGUCGAUUCGCCAGAGAAGGAGAAACAGAACACGGCUCAGAUUAUCAAGAAGACGGUGGCCAGUCUUCCGUUCUCCCCUUCCAGAAUUCAGAAAACGCCGCCGUUAGCUGAAGACAAAAGGAAAAAACAUGCAUUAAAGUGGGCGGAUUUGAAGUGAAAUUGGGAACAUUUGAGAGCUUCCAGGAGUGAAAGCGACGAGGUAAACAUGAGGAAAUUGAAAGAGGGCGCUAUAAAAUCACUGAGCGGCAGCAACGAGAUAUCAUUGGAGCACGUGCCUUCGAGGAAGAAGUCGGUGAAAAGUGAACGGUCUCUGAUUGGAUUGGACGGGGAAACGGAACUGAACUGCGACAGAAGGAGUCUUCCGAAGAAGACGCUGCUCGGCUCGUCGACUCCUCUUAGAAGUAGUCGAUCACAGGAAGACGCUUCGGAAGUUAGCAAUGUCAAAGUCACGAUAAUGAGCACGUACUUUCAGACGAAAGAUUACUCGAUAUCGUUGGCGGACGACGAAGAGCAGCGUGACACGUAUAAGAAGCUGUUCAAAGAACUCGGAAUGAGCACUCAGAAGCUGACUCUAGACGACUUUCUGCUCGAAUUCAACUCCCUUCCCGGGGACCCUCCUCCCGAGCACUGCGUUGCAUUUAAUUCGUCAGUGAAUCAGAAGAAAAAUCGGUAUACAAGUAAGCUUUCACUAGGAUAAUUUUUUAAAUAUCGAUGAUUUGGAGAUAUUCCGUGCCUCGACACCUCGAGAGUUCGUCUCACUUUCCGGACCAACAAGAAUCAGCCGGGAGCCGAGUACAUUCACGCCAACUACAUCAAGAGUCCGUUCCUGAAAAGAGACUACAUUCUGACUCAGGGACCAAAGAAAGAGACGGUUGCGGACUUCUGGAGAAUGGUGUGGCAAGAACAGACGGCUGCGAUCGUCAUGCUGUGUCAGUUCGUGGAGACGAAUCGCGAGAAAUGCGUGGAAUAUUUCCCGAGGAAUGCAAACUGCACACUGCGUUUCGACAAACUGGUCGUCUCUUACGAAGAUUCGACGGUGAACAAGACGAUGGUUACGACCAGACUGAAGCUGCACUACGAGGGAGAAGCACGCGUGAUCACUCAUUUCCAGUGGAAGGAGUGGCCGGACUACCAAGUGCCCGGAUCCUCGGAAGUCAUGCUCAAAAUUUUGCGGAAGAUACGAGCGAGAAGCAGUCCACCCAUCAUCCACUGUGCCGCUGGAGUCGGCCGAUCGGGAACACUGAUGGCCGUCGAAAUAGCACUUCAGGCGAUCAACAGUCACUUCAAAGUUCCGGAUAUCAAGCAGGUAGCUAGAACCUUGUGCAAUCUUUCCCAUUUCUCUUUCACAGAUUGUCAUCGACCUGCGUCUGAAUGGACGUGCUUGCGCCGUUCAAACAGUUCAGCAGUACAUGCUCAUCUGGAAAGUGGUUCUCGAUUUCGGCGUUUCCAACAAAUUGAUCAGCGAGGAAAUCGCUGGAAAGUUCGCCUCCACGUAUCGUCGAUCUUUCCGCACUUACAACUCUUCGUGA